AUGAAGAUCCAGCUGCUGGUCUCUACAGGGAUCCUGCUGGUCGCUCUGCUGCCCUGCAAUGAGUGCCGAGCCUUCAGCAAGAGCGUCCCAGCCGACUCCGCUCUGCAGCAGCCGGAUCUCCUCCAAGAGCAGCCGCAGGCGCUGCCCAUCUUGCUCCGCGUGGGAGAAGAGUAUUUCGUGCGCUUGGGCAACCUGCACAAGAACCCCUCUCCCGCCGCCUUCUCUUUCUCCUCCUCCUCCGCCUCGGGCGGCAGCCACCUAGCCGCGUCCGCUUCGGCCGGCAACUUUUUCCGAGCGGCCGUCCAGCAGCUGCAGAACGUGCGGGAGCGCUCGCUAGAGGGCGCCGCCGAGCCCUGGCCAAGCGACAACGACGGCGGCGCUCCCCUCGACGCCGCCCCGAAGGAGAAGCGCACGUCCAAGGACUCGCCGAUCUCCAUAGACCUGACUUUCCACCUUCUCCGGCAACUCUUGGAAAUGGCCCGAGCGGACCAGAUGUCGCAGCAGAUCGAGAGUAACAGGAAAAUGCUGGAGACCAUCGGGAAAUGA